AUGGCGAAUCUUCCUGAUAUCGACGCCUCCACGCUCUUGAACAUGAACGAGUACAACCCAGUGGUGGACGUUUCCACCGACUGGGGACUUCCGUACAUGUUCUUUUUCGAUUACAUUCCCGGCGCCCUUGAUAAGCCCAAGCAAGCCAUGUUUGAUGACCAAAAGGCUAUUAUGAGAAAGUGGACUGCGUGGGAACUGGCGUUGGUUGAGCGCCAAGUAGACUUGGCCCUCGCGGCAGGGAAGCUUCCCUCCGACCUUUCGUUUAAGUCAACGAUAGAGCGAGUCCAGUUCCGCACCAAGGUCAUUAACGUUCUCCGUUCUACUGCCGAGCCAUGGCUGCGUUGUGUAAAGGAUACACCAGAGUCAGAGACUAUGAUCGUGAAAACCGUUGACGUGCUCAAAACGAUUCGCGCAACCCUUCAAAAACGCUACUCAAUUGUUUCAAAGAAUUAUGUGGCUUGCCUCACCACAGUGAGCCAAAUCAUUGCUGAGCACCCUGGUCUUAACAAUACGUUUUACCACACCCAAGAUUUUGUGUUGUUGCCGGAUGGUAAGAGCGAGGACGAGCAAGUAGCUAAAGGCCGUGUGCUCGCUUUGUUUUACAAUGUGUCCCCCGAAGCGUUAGACCAUGAGAAUUCUAAAAUCGAAUUUCGCUAUUUCGACAAAUACUACGAAUUUGACCAACAGAAGUGGGCGGAAUUUGCUCGUACCAUCCCGGUCCGUCUUAUUGAGCGGGGGAGCUUAAUUCGAGUAGUUCAGGCAUUGGUUGUUCAGGAAGAUUUGUAG